AUGGCGGUCGAUUUAACGAUGGUUUUCAAAUCAUUACAACGACGUUGGAUCCCCGUCGUCUAUUUCGUUUUUUGUAGUAGUGCACCUACUAGAAAAUACAUUUCUGGAUAUACAAAACGGCUUAGAAAAAGAAAAUUUGAGGAAUUGACUCAAUCUCAAAGAGGAGCUCUUGAUAGAUUCAUUGUUAAAGAAUCACAUGCUACAAUUGAUGAAAAUGUUUUCAGUGAACAACAAGAAGAUGAUGUUGAGGAAUUGCAAGAUAUUGAAAACAAUAUGGAUGAAUGUGUGGGUAAUGCUGAGCAGAAUGAGAAUGAUGACAACGAAAAUGCUGAUAUUGAUGAUCACAAUGAAGAUGUUGAAGAUCUAGACAUAGAAAAUGAUAACAAUGAGAACAUCAUUGAUUCAUUCAAUGAAUAA